AAAAACGCAGCUAAACCAUUAACCCUCUUAUUCCUUUAUCCACAUCACAUCAUCAUGGAGGGCAUGAACGCAGUCUACGCUCAGGAUGAGUAUGGUCGUCCAUUCAUCAUUCUUCGUGAACAACAAAAGAAGUCCCGACUUAGCGGCAUUGAGGCUCAAAAGUCUCACAUUCUUGCUGCCAAAACUAUUGCCAACAUCAUCAAGACGUCGCUCGGGCCUCGUGGCCUUGACAAGAUCCUGAUCUCGCCUGAUGGUGAUAUCACCAUCACUAAUGAUGGAGCCACUAUUUUGGACCAGAUGGAUGUCCAGCAUCAGAUCGGAAAGCUUCUUGUUCAGCUGUCAAAGUCGCAGGAUGAUGAGAUCGGUGAUGGCACUACGGGUGUUGUUGUUAUGGCCGGUGCAUUGUUGGAACAGGCUGAGCACUUGCUUGAUCGCGGUAUUCAUCCUAUUCGUAUCUCUGAUGGGUUUGAGCGCGCAUGCAAUAUUGCUGUUGCACAUCUGGACAAGAUUUCAGAUACUGUUGAAUUCUCGAGAGAAAACACAGAGAACCUUUACAAGACUGCAAAGACCAGUUUAGGAAGUAAAAUUGUUUCCAAAUGCCACGAUCAGUAUGCUAAGAUUGCAGUAGAGGCUGUUCUUCAAGUCGCGGAUUUGGAGCGCAAGGAUGUUGACUUUGAGCUGAUCAAAGUGGAUGGUAAAGUAGGAGGUUCACUGGCAGACACGGUUUUGGUCAAGGGAGUUGUCAUUGAUAAGGACUUUUCUCAUCCUCAAAUGCCACGCGAGGUAAAGGAUGCCAAAAUCGCCAUCCUCACUUGCGCCUUUGAGCCACCAAAGCCCAAAACCAAGCAUAAAUUGGAUAUCACAUCCGUGGAAGAAUACAAGAAACUCCAGACGUACGAAAAAGAGAAAUUUGAGACGAUGAUCAAGCAAGUCAAGGACACAGGCGCUAACCUUGUCAUUUGCCAAUGGGGAUUCGACGAUGAAGCCAACCACUUGUUGAUGCAAAAUCAACUCCCUAGUGUUCGUUGGGUCGGAGGCCCCGAGAUCGAGUUGAUUGCUAUUGCCACCAAUGGACGUAUUGUUCCUCGCUUCGAAGAUCUUUCAGCCUCCAAGCUCGGACAGGCCGGAAGUAUUCGCGAGCUCACUUUUGGGACAACCAAGGACCGUAUGCUUGUCAUCGAAGAAUGCGCCAACACCCGUGCUGUCACGGUUUUUGUUCGUGGAGGAAACAAGAUGAUCAUUGAUGAGGCUAAGCGCUCACUUCAUGAUGCCAUCUGUGUUGUUCGCAAUCUGGUUAGAGACAAUCGUGUAGUCUAUGGUGGUGGUGCAGCCGAGAUUGCAUGUUCGCUGGCUGUGUCCAAGGCCGCAGAUGAAGUAUCAAGCGUGCACCAGUAUGCUAUGCGUGCAUUUGCAGAGGCUCUCGAGGCUGUCCCCUUAGCUCUUGCUGAGAAUUCCGGUCUUCCUCCAAUUGAGACCUUGGCAGAAGUCAAGUCGCGCCAGGUGACAGAGAACAAUAGCCGGCUCGGAGUUGACUGCCUGUAUAAGGGCACAAAUGACAUGAAAGAGCAGUUUGUGUACGACCCCUUGAUUUCGAAGAGGCAACAGAUUUUGCUUGCCACACAGCUUGUCAAACAUAUUCUCAAGAUCGACGACCUUAUCACUAGUCAUGUAGAAUAGAAAUCCACUUGUUAACGCAUAGAAGCAAGUCUGUCUUCCAGAAACAAAAAAAAAAUCACGUGCAUUUCGAG